AUGUGGCCUUCACACGAUCGUGCAGUUGAUCUCUCCUCGACAUCCUCCAAUUCGUCCGCCAAAAGAAAACAUCGCGAUUCUCAAGGUCCAGAUUCAAACUCCGCGAACACGCCCCCCGGUACAUCUAAGGUUGAUUAUCAUUCUUCGAAAAAGCUAAGGUCAAUUUCAUCAUCAAAAAGUCCAGGUUUACAGUCCAACAUGAACAAGACAAUGGGAUUUUCGCGUCCAGGGGUGGUAGAUUUGACGAGGCCAUCGAAUUUUCAACCGCAUACUGGAGCGAAGAGAUUGGUGAUUAAGAACCUCAGGAUAAGUUCUCCGAAUGAUGGAGAGCAGUAUUUCAAGAAGACCUGGAACGAGUUAGAUAAUGCUUUGACAUCAGUAUUUAGCAACAAGCAGCCAGUAACACCAUUGGAAGUUCUAUGUCGUGGAGUCGAAUCGAUUUGUCGGCGUGGAAAAGAUAAGGCGGAUCAACUAUACAGACAUCUAGAACUGCAUUGUCACACACACAUCAAGGAUGGACUCUUACCAGCUAUUUUAAGCAAAGGAGAUUCCAGCUCGGUAGAAACUCUGCGAGCUGUUGAGACUGUGUGGGGGGUAUGGAGAACCCAAUUGAUUCUAUUGAGAUCCAUAUUCAGCUAUCUUGACAGAUCAUAUCUGCUGAACUCGAAGACACUUCCGCAACUCGAAGACAUGGGUAUACGACAAUUCCGCCAAAUUGUGUUUUUAAAAGGAAAGGAGAUCAGCAAAACAGGAGCACAAGCUAUACUGGGGAUAUGUGAACUGGUAGAGUAUGAUAGGAAGUCUUUAGAUUUGUUUGAUUCAGCCCUUCUCCGAGCUUCCAUCGCCACAAUUCACAUACUUGGUAUAUACACAAGCCUUUUCGAGGAACGAUUUCAAGAGCUUUCUUCAGCCUACCUCGAGAAUUUUGCAUCAGAACGGAGCUCUUCGCCACUAAGAGAAUAUAUCUCUUCUUGCGACGACCUGUUACGACGAGAAAGUCUCCGUUGCGAUACAUACAACUUUGACAGCACUACCAAAAAAACAUUGCUUGACACCGCUCACGAUAUUUUGGUCCGCAAACGCGCCGACGUCCUCCUAGAAACAGUAGCUGUAUCUAAGCUCUUGGACGACAAAGAAAUGACACCACUGAAAUCUUUGUACCAGCUAUUGAGACUUUCGGAUAUCCAGGCACAGCUCAAAAAGCCUUUCGCCCAUUAUAUAAAAUCUGUUGGAUCAUCUAUUGCAAUGGAUAAAGAAAGGGGCGAUGAGAUGGUUGUUCGCCUGCUCGAACUGAAACGGUCAUUGGAUACUGUCAUCCGUGAUGCCUUCAACAAGGAUGGGACGUUUACUUUCUGUCUUCGGGAUGCAUUUGGACAAUUCAUAAAUGACCGCCAAGUUGCCAAGGCAUGGGGUACAGAUACCUCUAAAGUUGGGGAAAUGAUUGCGAAAUACAUGGAUGGUUUACUGCGUGGGGGACUUAAGGCUGUACCUCGUUCUCUGGUAUCUGAUGUCACAGAUCGCAAUGAGGCUGAGAAGAAUGGACAAGCUAGUACCGGGGAUGAGGAUGCAGAAUUGGACCGUCAACUAGAACAAGGUCUUGAGCUGUUCCGUUUCAUUGAAGGGAAAGACGUAUUUGAAGCUUUUUACAAGAAAGAUCUGGCACGUCGCUUGUUGAUGGCACGCAGUGCAAGUCAAGAUGCUGAGAGGAAUAUGCUUGCUAAGUUAAGAGGUGAAUGUGGUAACAGCUUCACGCAUAAUCUCGAACAGAUGUUUAAAGAUCAAGAUAUCUCUCGGGAUGAAAUGAUCUCAUAUAAGCAGUCUCUAAGCAAUACAAGCAAGACAACACUGGAUCUACAAGUUAGUGUCCUCUCGUCUGCUGCUUGGCCAACUUAUCCGGAUAUCGAAGUCAAUCUUCCUGCCGAAGUUGCGAGACAUAUUGAAAAGUACGACCGGCAUUAUAAGCACAAACACAGUGGGCGCCGACUGACUUGGAAGCAUUCUCUAGCACAUAGCGUUGUCAAAGCAACGUUCAAAAAAAGUGUUAAGGAACUCCUUGUUAGUGGUUUCCAAGCUAUAGUACUUGUUCUUUUCAACGAUCUUGAAGAUGGCGGUCACCUUUCCUACAAGGAUAUCUCUAAAGCAACAGGUCUCGUUGACGUUGAACUAAAACGAACCCUCCAGUCGCUUGCAUGCGCCAAAAUUCGGCCCUUGGCUAAAUAUCCUAAAGGCAGAGAUAUCAACGAUACUGACACUUUUACCAUCAAUCUCAAUUUCUCAGAUCCAAAAUAUAGAAUCAAGAUUAACCAAAUUCAAUUGAAAGAGACCAAGGAGGAAAACAAAGAAACGCAUGAGAGAGUUAUUCAAGAUAGAAGUUUUGAAACCCAGGCUGCGAUUGUUAGAAUCAUGAAGUCUAGAAAGACGAUGACGCAUCAAAAUUUGGUGGCGGAGGUUAUUAAUCAAACUAAAGGGAGAGGUGCUGUAGAGCCGGCGGAGAUCAAGAAGCACAUUGAGAAAUUAAUUGAAAAGGAUUAUAUCGAGCGAGAAGACGGCGGUCUUUAUACAUACCUGGCAUAA